AAUAACUUUAAUGUUCUAUAAGUUUGAGAGCUAACUCCAAGUGUGCAUUCACAUAUCCAUAAGAUAAUAUACAAGCAGAACCAAGACAUGGGUUCUUUAGGCAAGUUCAAGCCAUAUUUUGCUGCAAUUUUUCUGCAAGUUGGUCUUGCAGGGAUGGAUAUCUUAUCUAAGGCUGCACUGAACCACGGCAUGAGCAAUUACGCGCUAGUCGUUUACCGACACGCCAUCGCCACCAUCGUUAUUGUUCCUUUCGCUGCCAUCAUUGAAAAGAAAGUGAGGCCUAAGAUGACAAUGUCAAUCUUCAUCAAAAUAAUGUUGCUCGGCUUAUUGGAGCCAGUGAUUGACCAAAACUUGUAUUAUGUGGGGAUGAAGUACACCACGGCAACUUUUGCAGCUGCCAUGUAUAACAUUCUUCCUGCCAUUACCUUCUUAAUGGCUUGGAUUUUCAGGCUUGAGAAGGUAAAGUUUAGAUCCAUCCGCAGCCAUGCUAAGGUUAUCGGCACCCUUGCAACUGUUGCAGGGGCCAUGGUGAUGACACUGAUGAAAGGACCGGUUCUGGAGUUGUUAUGGACCAAAUCGAGUAUCAAUAACCACGAAGCAGCAUCCAAAAACGGGACGGAUUUCCACCACACCGUCAAAGGCGGUCUGAUGAUCGCCGCCGGUUGCUUCAGCUACGCUUGUUUCGUGAUUCUGCAAGCUGUCACGUUGAAAACAUAUCCGGCCGAACUCUCCCUCACUGCCUGGAUAUGCCUGAUGGGCACACUCGAAGGAACCGUAGCGGCUUUGGUAAUGGAAAAGGGAAAUGCUGCAAUUUGGGCACUUAAAUGGGACACCAAGUUACUUACAGCUGCAUACAGUGGAGUUGUGUGUUCGGGACUUGCUUAUUACAUUCAAGGUGUCGUGAUGAACGACAGAGGACCGGUUUUCGUCACGGCGUUUAGUCCCCUGUGUAUGGUGAUUGUAGCAGUAAUGUCUUCUUUCAUUCUGGGUGAACAGAUGUUUCUUGGAAGAGUAAUCGGUGCUAUUAUCAUAAUCUUGGGACUAUAUUUUGUGCUAUGGGGUAAAAGCAAGGAAUACAAGUCUCAGCUGCCAUUAAUGGAGCAGCAAGUAGAAGCAAGUAAACUAGAUAAUGCCACUAACAGUGAAAAUGGCAGUUUUGAUCAUCAGGCCAUCAUGAUUGAUACAGUCGGAAGGGAAAACUCUCAAGAGAAAAGGGAUUCAAAUGUGGUUUGAUUUUUUUUCCCAUUUUCUUCAAAGGGAUUUGAUUUCCAAAAAUGUUAUCCAGAGAGGAAACCAUUGAUAAAGUAGAAAAUAAUGGGUAGUGGUUUUCUGAUUCAAGUGUAACAACGAUAUGACUUUACAAUAUAAAAUGGUAUUGAUC